AUGGCAUCUACAAAGAUCGUUACGCAAGAAGAAUACCGCCCUCUCCGCCUCACGCUCCUUGAGAAAGAAAAGCAGCUCACACGUGCUCGAGACGAGCUGAACGCAGAACGCCGCAAACUCCCCUUGGUCGAAGUCACCACGCCCUACACAUUCACCACGGUCGACGCCGCGGGCAACACCAAGCAAAUAAGCUUGGCCGAGCUCUUCGGUGGCCGCGCCCAACUGAUCAUCUACCACUUCAUGUUCAACCUGGAGACCUGCGAAGAAGACAAAGACGCAGACGCAGACGCCGACGCCGCGGGCUGCCCCUCGUGCAGUCUCUAUGCCGACCACAUCCCGCGUCAUCUCGAGCACCUGCAUUCGCACGGCACCUCCUUCGCCGCCGUGUCACGCGCGCCCAUCAACAAGAUCGAGCGUUACAAGAAGCGCAUGGGCUGGACGUUUCCCUGGGUGUCAAGCCACGGCACGCGCUUCAACUACGACUUCCACGUCACGCAGGACCCCCAAGUGGCGCGUGUCGAGUACAAUUUCAAGGACGAGGCCGAGCUCGGGCGCCGUGGGCUGCAGGUCUUCACCCGAGGUGACCAGCCCGGUCAUUCCGUCUUUGUCCUUGGUGGAGAGAAGACUGGUGUCGGUGAACAGGGCAAGGUGUAUCAUAGCUAUUCCACCUACGCUCGAGGUGGAGAGCAUCUCAUCGGGACCCUAAGCUGGCUCGACAUGACCCCGUUGGGGAGGCAGGAUGGUGUGAACGGCGUGCCCGGCUUGGGAUACAAGAGGCAUGAUGAGUAUACGAAGGAGGAUCUGGACGGUUUGGACUUGAAGAUUGGCGCGUGA